CGUUUCCGGGUUGGAGGCGGGGAGCGGUGCCGGAAGUACUCGGGGAGGGCCGAGCAGUCGGACCGGCUGCUGAGACGAACGCUUCACUGGGGCAGUCUCCGCAUAUCAUGGGGAGAUAGACGCUGCUGCCUGUAGCUUUUGAAAAUGGCUGCCUCUCAUUUCACCGGGCUCACGGCUGUUGCUGAUGUUAUUAAAGAUCUAGACACUCAGAUAGCUUUGAUUGGCCUCGGUCCUCACAGCUCCAAAAAGAAACAAGAUCUUGAUAAGCUCUAUGAGCUGAAAUCCAAAGCUCGGCAGAUUAUGAACCAGUUUGGCCCCUCAGCCCUAAUCAACCUUUCCAAUUUCUCAUCCAUAAAACCGGAGCCAGCCAGCACCCCUCCACAAGGCUCCAUGGCCAAUAGCACGACAGUGGUAAAAAUUCCAGGCACUCCUGGGACAGGAGGGCGUCUCAGCCCUGAAAACAAUCAGGUAUUGACCAAGAAGAAAUUACAAGACUUAGUAAGAGAAGUGGAUCCAAAUGAGCAGUUGGAUGAAGAUGUGGAGGAGAUGCUGCUGCAGAUUGCUGAUGAUUUUAUUGAGAGUGUGGUGACAGCAGCCUGCCAGCUUGCCCGGCAUCGCAAAUCCAGCACCCUGGAGGUGAAGGAUGUCCAGCUGCAUCUAGAACGCCAGUGGAACAUGUGGAUCCCCGGAUUUGGCUCAGAAGAGAUCCGACCCUACAAAAAAGCUUGCACCACAGAAGCUCACAAACAGAGAAUGGCAUUGAUCCGGAAAACAACGAAGAAAUAACACACGGGAAGGUCAGGGAAUGGACAACAAUGUAUUUGGAGAUACUUGAGCUGAGACCUCAGCCAUCUCAUUCUUGGAUUUUUUUUUUAAUGCUUUACAGAGAAGCAUAUAUUUUUUAUUAACAGUGCAGCAAUAUCUAUAAUGACUGAGAGGAUCUGCCAAAAGAAUAAAGCCUCCUACCCCAACUCCGUCCCAUUUUCCCUGCCGUCUCAAAGAGGAGCAGUGUAUCUGCCAGAGAAGAUUUUAUUUGUGGUUUAUUAUAUAAGUGAUUGAAUAUGGGACAAAAACAAAGCAUUAUGGUCUUGUUUGGUGAGACAGUAUUAGCAGGAUUUGUAGAGGUUUUUGUUUCCUCCCUUCCCCUUUUCCCUGUACUUUGUAAUGUCAGUGUUUAUAUGAAUAUGACUUUCAUUUGCUUUUCCAGAAUAAAAAAGUUAUUAAUCGAAA